AUGCCUCAACUCUCACUAACGACUCUCUCCGGAGUCGACCCGACUACCGAUGACGACCACCACUUCGAGACGUCUUGGAUCUUACCUCCUGCCAUCCUCGCCUGUCUUCGCGGUCUAAUCUCACUGUACAUUUUCGUCUCCAUCUUCAUCUUCUGGGGCUGGUAUGGCACCCACGAUGACCGCGCUUCGAUUGGUCACUCCUUCAGCUACUUCACCUGGCUGACUUACUGGGGUAUUGGCUUCUACAUGCUCUUCGCCGCUAUCCAUACGGCCUGCUAUGCACGAACGGGCCGCUCGCUUCUCCUCGACCGUUGGCCGCGAGCCUUCCGCGUACUACACAGCCUGUUGUAUGUGACAGUCACGACGUACCCGUUUCUCGUUACGAUUGUCUACUGGGCUCUGCUCUUCGCUCCCCCCUGGUUCGAGAAGAUAUUCACCGGCUGGCAAAAUAUCUCCCUACACUGCCUGAACUCCGUCUAUGCCCUGCUGGAAAUCGUACUCCCAGCCACGGCGCCGCACCCAUUUAUUGCAAUCCCGUUCCUAAUCCUCAUGCUCCUCCUUUAUCUCUGCGUUGCAUACAUAACCCAUGCAACCGAGGGCUGGUAUCCGUACUCGUUCCUCGACGUCGACCAUGGACAGAAGAGCAUUCUUGUGAUGGGAUACUGUUUUGGCAUCUUGGCUGCCGUUCUGGUUCUCUUCCUCGUUUCCUGGGCCCUGGUCCAUCUGCGCCGCCGUCUGACACACGGUAAGAUUAAGCGGGCGAGGCGGGAUCCGCUACGCGCGCACGAUGCUUUUGUUGGGACGUGCGGUGGUGAGCAAUUGAAUGAGAUGAAGAGUAUGCCGGUCUAUGGGGAGGUGAUGGGUCGGUUUACUUCUUCUGGCGGAAAUUGCCUAGGCGGAUAG